AUGCCGUAUAAAAUGGGCCAUUCAUGUUUUCACAAUCUUGUGGCUGUGAAAAAUGUUUUUGUAACAAAUUUCGUGGCAAAACGAAAACUUGUGAUCAAAAGACAAAAAACUGAAUUGGGCUAUUGCACACCGGACAUGUCACUAAUAACACCGAUUUUAGAAGAGUACAAGCUGGCAGAGGAAAAAGUGGGAUGGGUCCUAUCUUUUCUGGAUCACGUGACCACUAUAAGUAGGCGAACAGCUGAGCUGUAUUUUCGCUGCACCCAAAUACCAAGAAACACGCGUUGGCAGGAUGUAAGUAUAAUCAACAUUGUGGAAAUGAUGGACAAGUCAAGGAAUUCGUUUGACGAACUCACGCGAAUGUACGAAAUUACCGUUGUGGUUGAGUGUAAGGCUAUUUUAAAGAAGUUGCAGGACAAGAUCAGCGAGCUGAACGGUCUGGAGGACAGAUUUAACAAAGCAUUGCAAAAAUACUUAGAUGACCUGAUGGUUUGUAAACAGAACCAUUUGGAGGCAUGGUCUAGCGGGAUUGUCGAUACCUGGCUGACAGAGAAGGAAUUGAGAAAGGCAUUAAAAAAGUACCUGGAUGAGAAUGAGGCGUGGAAUGAAAAUUUAAAGAAGGAAGUAGCUGUGUAUGACAAAGAGCUCAUCAAUAUAUCGGAGAAAUAUCAUGAAAUCAUAACUACAAGCCUAAACAUACAAAGAAAUCACUAUAAAAGUCUUUUGAUGUGCGGCGAGGAGGUGCUUAUUGAUGAGCAGCGGUUUAAAAAAGAUUGCUUCUUCGACUUUCCAGAGAAUGAGGACUGUUCAAUGAACAACAGAGAGGAGAAAAACGAAACGAAAUUUGAGGAUGCUUACGAAGCGAUAGUGAACGACAUGAGAAGCAGAAAUCCCGAGAUAACAAGAGAUAUCAACGUGAGAAAAUACGGGAUUUUUCGCGUUAGGAGGAAUUAUGACAUAAAGCAUGCGCUGGUAAUAGUGACUGAGACUCAAUUCGUACACGCAUAUGACCUUGACAGCAUUGUACUUUACCUGGAACUUUCAGACGACCAAAAGGCUCUUCUCAAGAAACUAGGAGAUUACAAUCGCGGCAUAUCGUUUUUCUUUGGACGAAACGAAUUUCUGAACACUACGGAAGAAAAGCAACUCGUUUUUUUUAGCGAACACGUAUUUAACCAUUUCAAUGUGAGCAGAGGGAUACUGAAAGGAUUCCCGAUUACCAUCAAGGACAAAUUAAUCAAAUUGGACAAGGAUAAAAGGGAGCUGAUCAUAACAGGACGGAAAUCUCCGAUGCUCAAAAACCUUUUUGUAUCGAACACCAUAAAGAUCAAGUCAUUUGUGCUGAGAGACGCGUAUGAACUGUUUUUUUCGUUUUGUAAAACUGCCGAGAAAAAGGGAGUGGAAGUGAAAGAGGAGGAAAAUGAUGAAACUAUGCCUGAUGGAAGCAAAAUAAUCAGCUACAAAGAAGAUGAGAAUCCCUGGAUCGGUGAGGAGGAACAAACAUAA